CCCCUCCCGCUUCCGGUAGGGGCGGAAAGCGGAAGUGUGGGAGGGUUUGCGGGGCGGGCUCCCGGAGGAGGGAGGAUGGAGCAUUGAGGCAGUCUGGGCGGCUGCCGGCGGCGCCAUGGAGACGGUGCAGCUGAGGAACCCGCCUCGAAGGCAGCUGAAAAAGUUGGAUGAAGAUAGUUUAACCAAACAGCCGGAAGAAGUGUUUGAUGUCUUAGAGAAACUUGGAGAAGGGUCAUAUGGGAGCGUGUACAAGGCUAUUCAUAAAGAGACUGGCCAGAUUGUCGCCAUCAAGCAAGUGCCCGUGGAGUCAGACUUGCAGGAGAUCAUCAAAGAAAUCUCCAUAAUGCAGCAGUGUGACAGCCCUCAUGUAGUCAAGUAUUAUGGCAGCUACUUUAAGAACACAGACCUGUGGAUCGUAAUGGAGUACUGUGGGGCUGGUUCCGUGUCUGAUAUCAUUCGUCUACGAAACAAGACGUUAACAGAAGAUGAAAUAGCUACAAUAUUACAGUCUACUCUUAAGGGGCUAGAAUACCUUCAUUUUAUGAGAAAAAUACACCGAGAUAUCAAGGCAGGAAAUAUUCUGCUAAACACAGAGGGCCACGCAAAGCUUGCAGAUUUUGGAGUCGCAGGUCAACUUACAGAUACCAUGGCGAAGAGGAAUACCGUGAUAGGAACACCGUUUUGGAUGGCUCCUGAAGUCAUUCAGGAAAUUGGGUACAACUGCGUGGCAGACAUCUGGUCUCUGGGAAUCACUGCCAUAGAAAUGGCUGAAGGGAAGCCCCCAUAUGCUGAUAUCCAUCCAAUGAGGGCAAUAUUCAUGAUUCCUACAAACCCUCCUCCCACAUUCCGUAAGCCAGAGCUGUGGUCAGACAACUUCAUGGAUUUUGUGAAGCAGUGUCUGGUUAAGAGCCCUGAGCAGAGAGCCACAGCCACUCAGCUCCUGCAGCACCCAUUUGUCAAGAGCGCCAAGGGAGUGUCAAUGUUGCGAGACCUGAUCAACGAAGCCAUGGAUGUGAAACUGAAGCGCCAGGAGGCCCAGCAGCAGCGGGAAGUGGAGCAGGAUGACGAGGAGAACUCGGAGGAGGAUGAACUGGAUUCUGGCACAAUGGUUCGAGCUGCCGGUGAUGAGAUGGGCACUGUCCGCGUAGCCAGUACAAUGAGCGACGGAGCCAAUACCAUGAUUGAGCAUGGUGACACAUUGCCGUCCCAGCUGGGCACCAUGGUGAUCAACACAGAGGACGAGGAAGAGGAAGGAACCAUGAAAAGAAGAGAUGAGACCAUGCAGCCUGCAAAACCAUCUUUCCUUGAAUACUUCGAACAAAAAGAAAAGGAAAACCAGAUCAACAGCUUUGGCAAGAAUGUUUCUGGCUCUCUGAAAAAUUCUUCAGAUUGGAAAAUACCUCAGGAUGGAGACUAUGAGUUUCUUAAGAGCUGGACUGUGGAGGACCUGCAGAAGAGGCUCUUGGCCCUUGACCCUAUGAUGGAGCAGGAGAUGGAAGAGAUCCGCCAGAAGUACCGGUCCAAGCGGCAGCCAAUCCUGGAUGCCAUUGAAGCCAAGAAGAGGAGGCAACAGAACUUCUGACGACACCAGCCAGGCCUUUGGUGCCUUCUGGGUCGCUAGUGUCACAUAUGCUAGCCAGCACUUCUGCUCUGUCAUUUCUCCACAGCACCUUUGUGAACUCAGGAAUAUGCGCCAGUGGGAAGGGCUGCCUUGACAGUUGUGCCAUCUGGUGUGUGCAUUUACACCAGCAGGGUGUGUCGUGAGGGUGUGGCGCUUUUAUCUCAGAAUUUUCAACCCCAGAAACAGAGACUCCUAGUUGAGUGAUAGCUGGGAACAUUUUACAUUGUAUCUUUUUGUUUUCCUCCUGGUAAUAGUUUUUGGUUGCCCUCUAUGGAAGACUUUUUAAAAAUAUAUAAAUAUGCACAUAUAUAUAUAUAAAUUAUAAAUAGAUUCCCCACUCUGUGUGGUGGUGUCUCUGUACAGGUACAAUUUCAAACACUUUGCCUCUUUCCUGUGAGGUUGUGGUACUGUGCAGCAAGAGAGCAGGACACUGGGAGGCUCCUGGGUGGCCACUCAAUCCCAGGAGCCAUCCUCGUCCAUUGCAGGCCUGUGUCUUGGGAUGGUUGUGCCGCCACAGUGAUGACCUUGUGUUGUCAUUACUGGCUUCUGAAGCUGUUGGAGAUGUCAGGGAAAGGCCUGGAGAACUGAGUAUGCUCUUUGAGUCCCAGGAGAAGCCUGGCACCCUCUUUGCAAGUUAGCCUUUGCUGUGUCAACACCUUUUAUCUAUCUCCACCCUCCCUGCUGCCUAAAGUCACACCCAGAUACUGCCCAGUGCCUUAAGAGGAGACACAUUUGGUGGAAGGACAGCCUACCAAGAACUCGCUAGCAAACAGGGCCAUAGCAGUCCAGAAGAAUCUCACUGUUCGUAUGAAAUCUCACAUGUGGCAUUUUGCUCUGCGUUUCUUAUAUACAGGGUAAAGAGCAUUGCUUUUGUCAUCCAUAAUCAAAUAUAUGAUUGUUUUCAUGGUUUUCAUUCACUGUAGAGGAUCUGGCAAGGGUAAAUGAACACCAGACUGAGACUCGCUCCCAGAAGGCUUAGUUGGACCCAGAAUGGCAGAGCUGGAAGAGACUAGAGCAGUCAGUGGGUCUGACCUUUGUUGUGCAGGUGGGAAAAGGAGACUUAGAGGAGAGUGACAUUGCCAAUGUCACAAAUAAAGUUAGACAAAAAGCAGGGAUGCCACUGGACCAAGAGCCUCUUCACUGAGGGGUCGGAGCUACUGGCGACCCCUGUUCUUGCCUCGCCUCUUUGGUACCUGAGGUGCUAUCGAAAGGCUCCCCAAAGGA